GAAAACACGCCAGAAAAUUCCCAAUACCAAACAGCGGGGAAUUACUUUACUUCGCGACCAGGUUUUAUUUCUUUGUAAAAGAAUCUAACGCUGCCAACUUUCCCCACUUCAGCUUUUGCUUUCCAUUCCUUUUCCCCUCUUCUUCCUCCAUGCCUGACGGCGAGUCCGGUGACGUUACUCUCUCCGCCGCCGCCGUCGCUGGUGACGGUGGUUCCGCCAUUCACCGUGCUUCUACUUCUUCCUCGCCGGUGGCUGCAAUGGUCGAAGUGGGUACUUACCCGGAUGAUCCAUCACUGAACAUGGAGAAAGAUCCCAGAAGAAAAGCAAGAAGGUAUCAGAUCGAGCUGUGCAAGAAAGCGACCGAGGAAAACAUUGUCGUGUAUUUGGGUACGGGUUGUGGGAAGACCCAUAUCGCGGUUCUGCUUAUAUAUGAGCUUGGUCACCUGAUUCGUAGCCCUGAAAAAAGCGUAUGUAUAUUUCUUGCUCCUACCGUGGCGUUGGUGCAACAGCAAGCCCGGGUCAUAGCAGAGUCAAUAGACUUCAAUGUUGGGAUUCAUUGUGGUGGAACCAAGCAUCUGAAGACCCAUUCUGACUGGGAGAAAGAGAUUUCAGACAAGGAGGUUCUUGUAAUGACGCCUCAAAUACUUCUGCAUAAUUUACAACACUGUUUCAUCAGGAUGGACCACAUUUCCCUUUUAGUUUUUGAUGAGUGUCACCAUGCUCAAGUCAAAAGCAACCAUCCCUAUGCACAAAUCAUGAAGGUGUUCUAUGAAACAAAUGGUUCAAAGCUUCCUCGUAUAUUUGGAAUGACUGCCUCUCCAGUGGUAGGCAAAGGAGCUUUUCAGCAAGAGAAUUUAGCAAAAAGCAUAAACAGCCUUGAAAUUAUGCUCAAUGCCAAGGUUUGUUCAGUGGAAAACAAUGAUGAACUGGAAAGUUUUGUAGCAUCUCCUAUGGUCAAAGUAUAUUAUUAUGGCUCAGCUUUGAAUGAUACAUCUUGCUCAAACCUGGUAUACCAAUAUAAGCUAGAGGAAAUCAAACAGGAGGUCUUUGCAUCACUGAAAACAAAGACAGAUAACAAUCUCAGUCAUAAGAGCCUCCUGAACAUGAAAAAGCUUCUCAAGAGAACGCAUGAUAAUAUCAUUAAUGUUUUGGAGAAUCUUGGCCUCUGGGGAGCACUUCAGGCUACUAGAAUUCUACUGAAUGGCGAUCAAAGUGUGAGAGGGGAGCUAUUGAGAGAGGAUGAAAAGUCCAACGAUUAUUCUCUGUGUAAUAUGUACCUUCCUCUAGCUGCGAGAGCCCUCUCUUCUGAUUUUGACGAGGAUGAGAUUGCAUCCAAAGUAUCCAGCGUAGAAUUUUUACAGGAUCCAUUUUUCUCUGGAAAGCUUCAAAGGUUGAUUGGAAUACUUUCCACAUACAGGUCACAGCCAAACAUGAAGUGCAUAAUAUUUGUCAAACGGAUUGUGAUCGCAAGAACUUUGGCCUACAUACUAAAGAACAUGAAAUUCCUAAAUUCUUGGAAGUCCGAUUUCCUUGUUGGAGUCAACUGUGGACUGAAAAGCAUCUCAAGAAUGGGCUUGAAUGCAAUACUCGAAAGGUUCCGAUCUGGAGAGCUGAAUCUUUUGGUCGCUACUCAAGUUGGUGAAGAAGGUCUUGAUAUUCAGACAUGUUGUCUUGUGAUACGUUUCGAUCUUCCAGAAACCGUUGCCAGCCUCAUUCAAUCAAGAGGCCGUGCUCGGAUGCCUCAGUCUGAAUAUGCAUUUCUAGUGAACAGGGCCAACAAAAAAGAAUUGGAUUUAAUUAAAAAUUUUAAAAUAGAAGAAGAGCGAAUGAAUGUGGAAAUUUCUGCCAGAACGUCAAAAGAUACAUUUCCUAGUAUUGAUGAGCGGAUCUACAGAGUUGAUCAAACUGGGGCUUCAGUCACUGCUGGAUCUAGCAUUUCCCUGUUACAUCAUUACUGUUCCAGGCUUCCACAUGAUGAAUUUUUUCAGCCCAAGCCAGAGUUCUUUUUCAUCGAUGAUUUAAGUGGAACCAUCUGUCACAUAGUUUUACCUUCCAAUGCUCCUUUACGCAAGAUUGUCAGUUCGCUGCAACCUUCUAGUGAAGCUGCUAAGAAGGAUGCUUGUCUGAAGGCAGUGGAAGAAUUGCACAAACUGGGCGUACUUAACACCUUUCUCUUGCCACAGUCGAAUGAUGAGAUUGCGGAAGAAUCUAUAGAUGAUGAAUCUGAUUCUGAUAGUAGUGAAGGUGAAGAAAGUUCUCGAGAUGGACUGUAUGAGAUGCUGGUUCCUACCUUGCUUAAACAACAAUGGGAUAAAUCAAUGGAUUGUGUCAACCUUCAUUCAUACUAUAUAAAGUUUGUGCCUGUUCCUGAGGAUAGAGUCUACAGAAAUUUUGGUCUCUUCCUGAAAUCGCCUCUCCCUGUGGAGGGUGAGAGAAUGGAAAUUGAUCUUCACCUUGCUCAUCGUAGAUCUGUGUAUGUGAAUCUUCUCGCAGCAUGAAUCACUGAGUUCAACGGCAAUGAGAUAAGGCUAGCGGAGCUUUUCCAGGAGGUUGCCCUAAAGGCUAUUCUUGAACGACGAGAGCUCAUUCCUGAGUUUGUUCCACUGGGAAUGCAGGAUUCCUCUGUAACAAGUAUCUGUACCUUCUACCUUCUGCUUCCGGUUCAUGUGCAUGACACUAAAGGCGGUAUAACUGUAGAUUGGGAAACUCUCAGAAAAUUUAUGUCAUCUCCAAUCUUCAAGGCUCCAUCUGAUCUUGUUGAAGGUGUAGUUCCUCCAACGGGCUUUCACUUAAAUCUUGCAAAUGGUUUUUGGAGCAUUGGUAAUGUGAAGAACAGCCUGGUUUUUGCCACACACAACAAACAUUUUUACUUUGUUGUUGAUGUUUGCCAUAAAAAAAAUCUCAGUCAGUUUAAGGAAUCAAGCUCCCAAAGCCAUGUGGAGAGGGUGCAUAAAACGUAUGACAUAGAACUCAAGCACCCCAACCAACCUCUCCUACUUGUGAAACCAGUUUUCCAUUUGCGGAACUUGCUGAACAAUCGGAACCUGAGCAAUUUAGAACCACAGGAACUUGAGGAAUACUUCAUCGAGCUUCCUCCUGAGCUUUGUCAAUUAAAGAUAAAAGGAUUUUCUAAAGAAAUUGGAAGUUCGUUGUCCUUGCUACCAUCUCUCAUGCAUCGCCUCGAGAAUUUACUUGUAGCAAUUGAACUGAGGGAUAUGCUUUCUGCUUCAAUCCCUGAAGCUGCUGAAGUUUCUGGUCACAGAGUGCUUGAGGCACUUACGACCGAGAAGUGCCAGGAGCGGUUUUCUCUUGAAAGGCUUGAGGUGCUCGGUGAUGCAUUCCUGAAAUUUGCUGUCAGUCGCCGCCUUUUCUUACUCUAUCAUAACCUCGACGAGGGAGAACUAACUCGGAGACGUUCUAAUAUUGUUAACAAUUCCAACUUGUUCAGCCUUGCAAUCAGGAGCAAUCUGCAGGUUUACAUACGUGACCAAACUUUCAAUCCUGGUCAGUUCUUUGCUUUGGGCCAUCCAUGCAAAGUAACCUGUGAAGAGGGAGCUGCAAAAGAAAUUAAUUCUCUGCAUGGAACUCCAGCCUGUUGUUCUAAUGCAAUCCGAUGCAGCAAAGGCCAUCAUUGGUUGCACAAGAAAACGAUAGCAGAUGUGGUUGAGGCUCUUAUUGGAGCAUUCAUAGUUGACAGUGGCUUCAAAGGUGCAACUGCAUUUCUUAGAUGGAUAGGGAUAGAUGUUGGUUUUGAACCCUCGAAAGUACGAGAUGCUUGCAUUGGUAGCAAUAUCUACAUGCCGCUUACUUCUCACAUCGAUUUGGCUGCCCUUGAGGACAUUCUUGGUUAUAAGUUUUUCAACAAAGGUCUUCUUCUACAAGCCUUUGUCCAUCCUUCUUACAACAGGCAUGGGGGAGGUUGCUACCAGAGAUUGGAGUUUCUCGGCGAUGCUGUUCUGGACUACUUAAUCACGUCCUAUUUUUUCACAGUCUAUCCAAAUCUGAAACCUGGUCAACUGACAGAUUUGCGGUCGCUCUCUGUAAAUAAUAAGGCAUUUGCUAAUGUUGCCAUCAGUCUUUCCCUUGACAGAUUUCUUUUGUGUGACUCUGUUUUUCUCCGUGAAGCUAUAAAAGAUUAUACUGAUUUCUUGGCUGUAUCACCACCUGAAAGUGGACUAUCUGAAGUUCCUAAAUGUCCAAAGGUUCUCGGUGACUUGAUCGAAUCUUAUUUUGGGGCUAUGCUUGUAGACUCAGGGUUCAACUUGAACAAUGUUUGGAAAACGAUGCUAUUGUUUCUAGAUCCAGUGAAAAACACGUCGAAUGUGCAACUUAGUCCUGUUAGGGAGCUGCUUGAACUUAGCCAGUCUCUGAAGUGGAAUCAGGAAAUUUCAAAGAAAAAGGUGGAUGGUGCUUAUUCUGUUGAAGUAAAACUGACUAAGGAGGAUUCCUGUCUUAAUGUUUCCGCAACUGGUCGAAGCAAAAGAGAGAGCACAAGGAAGGCUGCAGAGAUGAUGAUUAAGGAGCUUAAGGCUCAUAUCUGCAUAACAAUAACUAACCCAUUGGAGAAAGUUUUAAAGGAUAGCAGCAGAAUGGAAGCUAAAUUGAUUGGCUACAAUGAAGAACCUGUAGAUGUUACAGAUCUUGAUGGCAUUGGCUACAAUGAAGAAUCUGUAGAUGUUACAGAUCUUGAUGGCAUAGACUUUGGACUGCUGAAUUUGGAAGACUCGUUUCACAAUGAUUCCGGGACUGAUUGUAGGGUUGUUGAAGCAAGUUCCUCAUGCAGCGUUGAGCCAAUUAUCAGUGGGCUUUUAUCAGAAACACGAGAAUGGCUUUCUAAGCAGGCAAACGGAGAAGCAAUUUUUCCGACAAUUUCAGAUAUGAAAGGUGGAUUAAACAACAAAACAGCAAGAUCCCGCUUAUAUGAAACGUGUGUUGCCAAUUGCUGGAAACCACCAGAUUUCCAAUGUUGUGAGGAAGAAGGACCAGACCAUAUAAAAUCAUUCACUUAUAAGGUUAUCAUCAAAGUAGCAGAUUCCUCGGGUCUGACCCUGGAGUGCUAUGGUGCGGCCAAACCAACCAAGAAAGGUGCGGCAGAACAUGCUGCUGAUGCGGCAUUAUGGUACCUUUUACAUGCUGGAUACCUUCACUAAUCUCUGGUUACUAUAUGUUGGGCCAAGUAACAUAGGAGGUGGAGGAGUUUUGCUUAUAUAACUCUUGUAUUGGAAUUACAUUUUGCUGUGAUGAUGUGACCGUGCUUUUACUAUAGAAAUGUAGAGCUUUAGCAUAGUAUUAUACAGUCAUAUGAACCAGGUGUUACAGUAACAGAGAAAAUUCAAGCGGGUUACUUUUUACGUAGUUAGGCGAUAUUUUCAGUCCAACGGGAAAAACAUAUUCUCAUUUUAGCUCUCUUACAAUUUUAAUUUGAUGAAUAUAUAAAAAAAAAAAA